AUGAUUUCCGGAUUCAACGAAUGGGCAGCGUCAGCCCAGCUGGGCCAUACCGAUUCAUUUGCAGAGUUGAACGAGCGCCGUCUUGGAAUUGAAGCCGAGGAUUUUAUUGCCAACAUACUCACAACUUCUCCCACAAAGGAGCCGCUACUCCCAGCACUCGGUGGUCUUCCUUUUGCCCUUGAAGAGACCAUCACAAACCACGUCGGCAUCUUGAGAGAACAUGGUUGCCAGCCUUACUUCAUCUUCAACGGAGUGACUUCAAAUGGCCAAGAAGAGAGACUCCAGGCCACAACCCGCGCUACUAAGAACAUUGCGAAUGCCUGGGAACUGUAUGGUGCAUCUCAACCUGAACGUGCCGUUGCGGAGUUUGGCACUUUAUCUGGAACCAUCAAUGUUGAUAACAUCUACCGUUUCGUCCAGAACAUCUUGCGCAGAAACGAUGUGGACUUCCUCGUUGCGCCGCAUAGCGCAUGUGCUCAGCUUGCGUCAAUCGCUGGUACCGAGUUCUGCGAUGCUGUGGCAGGGUCCAGCGACAUUCUGAUGUAUGAGAUCGACCAGCUUAUCACCAAACUUGACUUCGAGCAGGCUCAAUUCUCUUGGGUGACUCGUCGCGAAUGUAUGGAGGCUCUCGGCGCUCCUUCGACAGCCAUGUUUGUCGAUGCUUGCCUUCUUUCUGGCUGCUCAGUUCUGCCUACUCUUCCUCAGCUGGAGAACGAAUUGACUGCAUCUCCUAGAACUCCCAAGAUCAAAGCUGCUGCAGAUCUGCUCAAGAGAAGCCAAACUAAUGGUAACGCCCUCUGUCUACAGUAUCAGGAUGACCCGGCUAUGAUUGCAUUGAACUAUCUGGACCGCUAUCGCAAGGCAAGUCUGUACAUCAAGCAUUACGUUUGCAUUCGACCCAACGGCAAAAUCGAGUCGGUUGAUGGAGCUUCUGCACCUAGCGACCUGAACAACAUCAUGGGCCACCGUCUGCCAGAGGAAGCAUUUGGAUAUCUCUCGCACGGCGUCAUCAGUUCCGAAGUGCUGAGCUGGAUAGCAUCCAACGAAAUCAUCGAGCGUCCUCCCCUCGAUGGAGGCGAGGCUGAUGUGUACCGUCGCCUUGUGUCUGACGGUCUCAUUCCUCUUCGAGCAUCUGCUUUAUCGCUCCUUACGUAUUCAUUCCAUCGAUUCUACCAGCACAGGCCCAUCUAUCUGAGAUGCUGGUUCAAUCCCAACGGACCAAAGACACUGAACGUUGCAGACACUGCCGAUCCUAGGACGACGAUCUCUGGAUGGAACGUUCGACUUGAACAGAUCACAGCAAAGGCAACCAAGCUUGAACGUGAUGUGUCGUCUCUGGCCUUUGCAGUGGGCAGCUUGCAAGAUGCCGACUUUGCUAAGGGUAGUGUCACGCCAAAGUCGGUUGGAGAGAAGCCGCUCAGCUCUCGUGUAGAGGUGCAAUCGAAUGCACUAUGGAGGUUCCUCCAGCUGCGUGGCUAUGUUCAGCAAGACCAUCAACUCAGUGCCCUUGGUAAAUGCCUGCAAACCGCCUUCUCACGUCACAACCAGCAGGACCUGGAAGAACCGACUCUUCUUGCUUUCGAGAUGCUACGCCUGAACCUGCUCAAUUCCGACAACAUGUUCCCCUACAAUGGUUCUCCCCAGCGCGGUUCCGAGACCGACAAGCGCAACACACUGCUGGUCAGUAGAGUGGCCUGCUUUGCCGGGCUUCGUCACAAGAGCAUCGGGUUUACCGGACCUCUGAGCAGACAUCUGCUUGCUUACACAUCGAUGGUGUCUGCAGUGCGCGGUAGCUUGCGCAACGUGGUUGAGAUGAGUCUCUUUGGUAUGCUGGCCAACCAUCACGUAGAUCGCACCAUGGCUCCUAGCGAGCUGGCUCAGAUAGGCUACAGUCUGCCCUUCUUGAACGAUGUAGACUGCGCUCUCGGCAUUGCGGUCAAGUCGUAUCUGGAUGAGUUGUCUGCGCAGAGCGAGCCCACUUCGGAGGCGUCGCGUCAGACUGUCAAGACAAAGGGGGCCAACGAAUGGUUCCCUCAUGCCACCAACUUCCAGGGCGACUUGCAGAGGGCUUUUGCACUUUGGGAUUCGGUCUACGCUGCAGUUGCAAGCGCCCCUGAAACUCUGGUCUCGGCCAAGGACAAAAAGGUCUGGGAGGAAGCUGACGCAUGGCUUUUGGAGAGAAAGUAG